AUGGGGUGUUUCCUGGAAACCGUGACGGUCCUGUAUUCCGUGUCGCUGUCCAUGUCCGCGUUCUUCCAGAACAACCUGUUGCUGCGGAAGGCGUGCAACUCGUCCGUGCCGUUCGGCGAGUGCACCGAAGGCGAGGCGCACGCCCAGCACGUCGUGUCCGCCAUAUACUCGUGGAAAGCGGCCAUACAGUACUCCAUUCCGGUCGUGAUAAUCAUACUUGCGGGUCCAUGGAGUGACAGUCAUGGCAGACGUCGGAGACCAUUGAUUUUAAUACCACUUGUAGGUCAAGUCUUAACUGAUAGUUUAUGCAUUUUAAAUGUUUAUUUUUGGAACUGGUCUCCACAAAUCGCUGCGCUUUUUGAAGCCACAACACCAGGGUUAUUCGGUUCCCGAAAUAUGUUCUGGGUAGGUGUAAUAUCGUAUAUAUCAGAUAAUUGUACUAAUGAAUCCAGAACAUUAAAAUACGGAAUCAUAAAUGCAAUUUACACUAUAAGUACUUUAAUUGGAACAGGACUGGCUGGGUUUUUAAACGUUGGUCUAGGAUUUUAUGGUGCAUUUUUAGUACCUAUUUCGUUAAAUUUAAUCGCUUUUGCGAUUGGUUUAAUAUUUAUCAAAGACACUUCUAUGCCUUACGACAAAAAUGUUGUUUGGCUCAAACCAAAAUAUUUUAUGCAAAAUUAUUUGAAUGUAUUUAAAGGAAGCAGUAAAAAUUAUUCAAUUACGUUAGCAGCAUUACUAAUGUGUCAAGCUGUUUUAGUGGGAAGAAUUGGAGGUGAAUAUGCUGUCACAUAUUUAUUUAUGAGAUUUAAAUUUAAAUGGUAUGAAGUGCAAUACAGUUAUUUUGCUGCUUACAAAAUGUUGAUGAUAUUUGUUGGUGAGUUAUAA